AAUUCUUCUUGUUUUCUCCUUCUCUCUUCUCACACAUUUUUUUUUCUACUUUCUUGGAUGAGAAACAAUAAUAAUAAGGCAACUGUAGCUGGAUGCUCCCAUGUUGAAGAUUCAAAAUGAGCUGAAUGGGGCCCACUUCCUCCUAUUUCCCUGCUUUGCUCUUCAAGAUCCCCUGUGAACCUCAUUGUUUGCUACUCCCUUUAUUAAAUAUUAUUCACAUUUGUGAUCUUCUGACACAAAACUGGCAUUAGUUACACCUAAUUUAAUCUCCACACAGCCACCCACAUCCCCCUCUCUAAGAAACCCUCUCUGUGAUUCUGUCAGAGACACACCCAUGUGCUUCAGAAAUAAGGCAUGCUCAAUUGUGCUCACUGCAUGAUUCAGCAAGCAGCAAAUAAAACCUUCUGCUCAUACUUUCUGUGUCAGUAAAAAACACCAAACAAAAGAAUCCAUUUCUUAUCAUUGUAGGGGCUUUUUUGAGCCAAACUGGGCUCUCCUCAGGAAUCUCUGAUGCUUUUCCCCCUCUCCCUCACACUCCCCAAAUGGGCUCAUGAGCUGAUGCUCCUCAUCUUCUUGCUUGUCCAAGAGCUUGCUCAUUCUCUGUGGCACUGGGUGAGGAGUCCCCUUGGGUUCUCACCAGCUGCUGUGUGUGCCAAAAUGAGGUGUGUUCAGAGAGUGGAGAAUGUGGCUGAGGUUGGAGUGGAGAGCUCAAUACUGGAUUUGCCUGAGUUGGCCCUGGAGUGUGUUCUGGAGAAGCUCCCCCCAGCUGCUUUGUGCAGCAUGGCAGGUGUUUGUAGAAAUUUCAAGGAGAGGUGCUGGAGUGAUCACCUGUGGGAGAGGCACAUGAGGGAGAAGUGGGGCCGAGUGCUCGGCCGAUCGGCUAAGAGAGAGUGGGAAUGCUAUGUUAGUUGCAGGAAGAACUAUUUACAAGGAGUUGAGAGGAGAUUGAGACCAAAGAGCUUGAUUGAGUCUAUUUCUUGCAUUUGGCCUCUUUCCUGGAUUAAGCCUCUGCUUGAUUCCAGUAGUAGUGAUAGGCCGGCCGCGACGAAUCCUUCGCCGAUCGACUCGAUAAUGUUCUGGUAUUUGGCGCUCGAGAGCGGCAAACUUUGGUUCCCUGCUCAGGUCUACAAUCGCGAGAACGGCCAUGUCGGCUUUGUGUUGUCGUGUUACGAUGCUCAACUAAGUUACGAUCGGCAAACAGACACCUUCUAUGCAAGGUACCCGCCGCAUGGGCGAAAGCCUGUUAAAAUGGAGGAAGGAAUAGAGUGGAGCAGGAUACGAGCUUCACCGGUUGAUACUUCUCCGCACGAUCUUCAUGUUUCUGAUUGUUUGAAUGACCUGAGACCAGGGGAUCACUUCGAGAUUCAGUGGAGGAAAAGCAAAGAAUUCCCAUAUGGAUGGUGGUACGGAGUCAUUGGUCAUCUGGAAUCAUGCGAUGAACGUGAGCAUCACUGUUGCUGUCAUAAAGACGAUACCAUUAUCUUAGAGUUCAAGCAAUAUGCUCCUGGUUCAAAAUGGAGGAAGAAAGAUAUAAGUCGGAAAAGCCAUCGAGAGAAAGGGGAGGAAACAGAUGGUUUUUAUGGGGGAAUCAGAAAACUCCAAAGAAAAGAUGAAAUUUCCAUUUGGAAAAGAUUUUGGCCAUGUGAAGUCUUGGAAUAGCCAUCUUAUUACCACUACUCUGCCCAACCCUAAAAUAGCUUUUAAUGCGUAGUUUUCGAUUGCGCCUUAUCGAUCAUUCACACCGCAGCGCUUCGGUAUGUGCCUACGCAUCCGGUACCUUCUCUCUCAUGAUUUAGAACACAGAAGAAAUUUUGGUAGACGCCCGCAGCCUAAAUAUUUUUAAUAGGCCGGUAGAUAUGAUGAAUUUACUCAUUUCGUGAGAUCUGCAUGUAGCUGAGUAAACCAUUCUGAUUCAAUGUAAAUAUUUAUUUUAGUUUCCACAUGAUUCAGUAGUAUUUUCGCUUUACUAGUCAUUUUCUGAUCUCAAGUAUGUAAUGAACAAAUAUUAAGCUCCAAUUCUUGUUUGACUAUAUACAUUUGUGAAACUCAGAUCUAUGCUGCGAUUGACGCAUAGUAAGAAAGGAUCAGAUCAUGUCAAAUUGUACAAUUCAGAUGGAAAUUGUUAUUUGAUUCUACUCCACAACAGAGGUGGUUGCUUGUCAAAUUCA